AUGCAGUCCGAUCAAGACAUCAACGGCGGAGGCGGAGGCGGCAGCAGCGGUGGCACAUCGAGGGCCUCCAAUGCACCAAAUACGAGUCGCACAUCAGCAAGAACACCAGACCGAGUGCCCAACUCUAAAUUCUUAGCUCCUGUUAGCCGUGGUGUCUAUUCCAUGCUCCGCACUGAGACGGAAAUGGGCAGUCGGCAUCAUGAGACCAGCAUGGUGCCGACAGCCUCCUCAAUAUGCAACACCUCUAGCAUAAACAGCGGGCAGUCUCACGGACAUCCCUCGCCGUCUUCCGUACUGCGAUACCCAACCGCGUCACACCGUCUGCAGUAUGGCACGAACGCUAUGCCCCCAACGAUGCCGAUACUCUCUGGGCCACCGCCACCAGGCACACUGAGAAACCGACACCAAGGCCAGCAACGUUCGCAGUCGAUAGCACAUGCCAUACAGCCUUACAGUGGCUUCUCGAGCAACCCGCCUCUUACAAGUCCGCCCCGCGCUUAUAUCCCGCAAUCCCAGAACUCAUACGCACACGUUGGUUCAUACGAACCAGGCCCCAAGCCAAUGAACCUCAACAGUCGGCUGCUAUCACCUGCCUUGAACAACAGUAUACCUCUGGGUGUACAAGCUUCGCACAGCUCCGAGGGACAGGGGCCGUCAAAUAGUGGCUACUACCAAUCCAGCAUCAGCUCUGCGCGCCCUUAUAGUGAUAGAGAUCGUCAGACCACCCAACAGGGGCAACAGCAUGGUGGUCUUGUUAAUCCGCACAACUUGGGAAAAACAAGGAACAGGCGGCCAUCUCAGUCAUUCUCGUUGGGUUCCGAGGAGAGUCAAAGUCAGAGGGAGUUUCGUUUUCCUCUUCAAGAACGUUCAGGCAAAGAGCAGUCGGAAGGUAUGCGCAGUGAUGCUUCCCAACUCCAUCGUAGUCGCGCGACAAACAUACAUGAUGAUCAACACUUCGAAGUUCCACCUUUUCUAGAAAAUCAUAAACAACGCAUUGCGGUUGAACCUGCUCGUUUCAAGAGGUCUGUUUCUGGUUCCAUGUCUAGCCGUUCGACGAGAUUGCGUGCUGGCUCUGAUGCUCCGUCAUCCGACUUGAAUUUGCCUCGCAGCCCUCAACAUGGCACACCCACCAGAACAUCUCACAAAGAGAGCGGCAUGCAGGUACAAAGGCCCGCUGAUAUGAGCCACGAAAAGAGCAUCGUUUUCGGAAAGAAGGCUCCGGUACGGUACUACGAGUACAGUGAAGAGUUUCAUGGCGAUGGGCACAUUGAGUCAGAUGUCAGGUCUAUUUCUUCCAAUCAUGUAGAUCAUAUCUAUGCUAAACCUGAGGAACAUGGCUCAACUGCAGAACAGGAAGGCCAAUCAAUACCGAUGGUAAUCGCAUCUUCAGAACAAAGAAGCACCUCAGGGCCCGCAGACAUCGCGACAAGUAGAGAAGAUCGGAACGAGACAUGUACGCCGGAGACAGCGAACCUCGAAGCCUCACCAGCUUCGUCUGUAGCCCCGCGGUUUACGAACAACUGGACACAAAAAGAAGCGGGAUUUUCGACAAGAGGCGAUACCAAGAGUUUAACUGAAUGCCUGGACAUGUCAGGGAAUGAUCAGUCUGUUCAGCCGGACAAUCUCCUUAACAAGGAGCAACCUGUACCCAAUGAACAUGUCGUGGAAUCAGUCCAUCCAGCAGAGAGCGGGAACAAUAGCGGUACCGCUUCAUUGCAGACCAGCUUGGGUCUUCAUAUCCAAGAACCGUCAUUGGGUGAACAAUCAUCCAACUCUUUCAAUAUACCAUCGAAACUAUCAGGGCCCUUCGCGCUCGAGCUUCUCAGCGACUAUACGGAACUUAAGUCAGCUUCCAGUAUACCAAUCAACCAAGAGGAAUUCCCACUGAAUCCAGAUUCCCUUUCUUCUCCAGCAAUCCAAGUAGCUGCUGUACCUGGUCCGUCCGAAGUCACAAAUGCAAUCCAAAGAGAAGAGUCUCCCAUGGGACGAAGAUUCAGAUUCCUGAUCCCUCAACAGAUUGACUCGCACUCUGCACUUGUUGGAAACCCAGGCCCUACCGGAUAUCAGCACAACCUUGACACCACAUGUUCUGGAACUCAAUCACCACCACUUGUAUAUCCCCCUCGAGACCACAUUGUUCGCUCCCAGACGACCCAUCACCAAGCAGCUGUUACAAGCGACGCCGAGCCAACUUCGCAUACAGCAUAG